CUGUAUUUCUGUGGAGUCUACAAAAAGAGACACACAAUUCUGGACUGUGCAGUGGAAUUAAUCAUCAAAGGUAAUAAUGGAACCAAUAAAAAGGCACAUCCAGACAGUAGAGCGGAAAAAGCUGAUGGAAUCAGAGACCUGAUGAGUGUGAUCCUGGGAGCUCUGAGUGUUAUCCUGACUGUGGUGGUCAUUGUUCUGGCUGUAAGAAUCAGGAGACUUCAGACGGUUUUGAAUGAAAAACAGCCAAAAAGAAAGAAAGAGAACGCGGCCUCAGAGGAUCUGAACUACGCCGCUGUACAUUUCCAGGCCAAAUCAAAGAGAGGCCGCAGGCCUGCAGCAGAGAGACAGCCGGAGCCACAUGUCGUGUACGCUGCCACCAGAUAG